AUGCAUGCACUUUUGUUGACCGUGGCGAGUUUUGUCCCCAUGAUGAUGUACGAAGCAUGGAAAAUCCCUCAGGUCAUGGCUGCAGUUGUCCAUUUUCCAGUCUCGACUACUGCAACUAUGCCGUCGCAAGAUUGCCUUUCCCCGCCCUUCAAGGUGCAUGUCGUUCGCAUGGAGUCAGACUUCAGCGAUGUUGUUAUGUCCCACAUAGACGAGCCUGCAUGA